CUGUAGACGAAGUCGGACACGGCACCCACAUAUGCGGCAUUCUUCUGACGAUUGCGGAUAACAUCGACGUUUAUGUGGCGAGGGUUUCUGUAGACGGGAAACGCUGGAAUGGUUCCCAGGUGGCCGAGGCCAUCAAUUGGGCAGUGGAAGAAAAAAGGGUGCACAUCAUCUCCAUCUCAUUUGGUUUCCCUUACACCAUUAAACAACUCGACCCUAUAAGACGUGCUAUCCUGAAAGCGAAUGCAGCAGACGUCUUGAUCUUCGCUGCAGCGAGCAACGAGGGGGGAAACCAACCAGUGGCAUUCCCUGCCUGCAUGGAUGAAGUAAUCUGCGUUGGUUCAACAGAUGGGAGAGGGAUUAAAUCCGACUUUACCCCAAACCUGCCCCAGGGAAAGCGUCUCUGUGUGCUUGGGGAGAGAAUUGAGUCCUCCUGGCCACCAGAUAUGUUGGACGACGAUGAGGAUCCCCCGCGAAAAUCAGGGACGUCUUUCGCGACUCCUGUAGCCGCCGGGGUUGCGGCGAUGGUUCUCGAUUACAUGUGGACGUUUAAGGACAAAAAGGAGUAUAAGUCUUGUAUCCCCAAGCUCCUUACGAGGCGGGGCAUGCUCUCCGUGUUUAAGCAAAUGGUGGAGGAGUAUCCCACCCACGACUACCUCGUGCCGUGGCAGCUGUUCAGCUUCCGAGUUAGUGGUGAUAUGGACGAGGAUGAAGAUGAAGGCACAAUGGACAUUGAUGAGACUGGAAGUGUUGAAGUACAGGAGGAAAGAGAUCCGGGUAUGGGCAUUGUCCAAAAGAUUGUAGCUAUACUUCGACUAUUAUGAAACUACGCUCAAUUUAUCUCCUAUUUAGAUAUUCUACCUCACAA